AUGCCCCCCGUUCAUGAUCCAGAAAGCUUCGGCUCCGGCUCCGGCGAGGGCCGAUCUCCUGGUUCCUUGCGUCUCCACUACCAGUCCCCCGCCUCCGAAUGGUCUGAGGCCUUACCAAUCGGCAACGGGCGGCUGGGUGCCAUGGUCUAUGGGCGAACUGACACCGAGCUCUUGCAGUUGAAUGAGGACUCGGUGUGGUACGGCGGGCCGCAGGACAGGACCCCCAAAGACGCCCUCCGCCACUUGCCGAAACUCCGACAGCUCAUCCGAGAUGAAAAGCACGCCGAGGCCGAAUCCCUCGUGAAAGAAGCCUUCUUCGCGACUCCCGCCAGCAUGCGGCACUAUGAACCGCUGGGCACUUGCACCAUUGAAUUCGGCCACGCCACUGAGGAUGUGACGAACUACCGCCGGUACUUGUGUCUAGAGACCGCGCAGACGACUGUCGAAUAUCAAUAUCGGGGUGUCUCUUACCGUCGAGACGCCAUUGCCAGCUUCCCAGAUAAUGUAUUGGCGUUCAGGAUCACGGCAGCGGAGGCCACUCGAUUCGUCAUUCGGCUGAGCCGAGUGAGCGAGAUUGAGUGGGAGACCAACGAGUUCCUCGACAGCAUCGAUGCAGUAGGGGGGCAGAUUACACUGAGUGCGACGCCUGGCGGACGGAAUAGCAAUCAAUUGUCUAUUGUCCUCAAGGUUUCCUGCGAUGGUGCGGAAGGAUCCGUGGAGACAGUCGGUAACUGCGUGGUGGUGACCUCUUCAGCGUGUACCAUUGCCAUUGGCGCUCAGACAACCUACCGAGAGAUCGAACCCGAAGACGCCGCUAGGGGUGAUGUCCUCGAGGCGUUGAAAAUCCCGUGGACCACACUGAUGAGCGGAUCAAAGAGAACCGAGAUCCCGGGCUGA